AUUUCCUAGGGUCUCAUGAUAUUUUACUUUAUCGCCACUGAAUGACAUGCAUAGAUAAGAGGAUUUGGGUUUCACGAGGGAACGUUAUCAAUACUUGCACUACUAUUAUGAAUUCGAUUCAGGUUCAUUCUCCUUUGUUAAUAAGGUCUUUUAAAGCCUCAAAAACAUUCCCAUCGUUCAAAUGCUGCAGCAGGAGUUCAGAGGAGCAGGAAAGUAACGAUUUCAAGGACGCACUGUCUGGGAUUGUGGACGAGCAAGUUCAAGAGCUCUUGAGAAGAAAGGAGAACAAGGUUUUGCUGGAUGGGCUAGAGAAGGCAUCGCUGAGGGUUGAGAUGGCCAAGAGAGAACUUGCUUUGAUCCAAAAACAAGAACUCGCGGUAAAGCAAUUCAAGGAUUACAUCAACCAGCUUGAAGGCAGAGCUUCCGAGAUUGCAGAAUGUCAAAGAGAAAUAGCAGAGGCGAAAGCCUUGGUUGAGGAAGCAGAACGCUCUCUGUCGCUAAAUGUCGGAGGACCUAAAGAUGGGGGUGCAUUCACGGGGACGAAAAGUGAAGAAAUUGAUCGAGAUGAAGAGAGAUGGGAGUCAGUAAAAGCAGCAUCUAUUUCUGCCCUUGUCGGUACCUUUUCAGGGCUCCCCAUAUGCUUCACUCAGGUCACCAACACAACUCAGCUGCUUCUCCCUUUGGCAAUCAACUUCAUUAGCUGUGCAUUGUUUGGAGUGACUUUUCGAUACACUAUAAGGAGAAACUUGGAUAAUGUUCAGCUUAAGACAGGUAUAGCAGCAGCGUUUGGUGUUAUUAAAGGUCUUGCAACCCUUGGUGGGGGACCACUUCUUGAACUGAACUUUGAAAGCUUCUUAUCACAUGUCCAGAAUGGAACAAUUUAUGUGUCUGAGAAUCUUUUCAUUUUUGUUUCUGCUGCUGUUGGUCUAGAUUACUGUUUAAAGACAAGGCUUUUGAGCCCUUUUCCAAUUGAUAGAUCAGUUUAGUGGCAAUUCGAAUUAAUUUUUCCAAUUAUCGUAGCUUAAAUUAACAUUAAUAAAUUUGUUGAUAUUGUUUCAAG